GAACUUAUAAAAGAACAGUCAGAUCCAAACCUAGUCUCAUUGAUCGCUGUGUGAGAGCCUCAGUGCACUAUGAAACACCUUAUCCUUUUCGCUUGGCUCUUGUUCACCUCUGAAGUACAAAGUCUUGAAAUAAUCGCAGGAGACUUUGCAGAACUGAAUGGCGUUGAAGUUCCCAGAGCUCAAAGGCAUGAAGAUGGCCCUCGUGUAAACAGAAACACAUAUGAAAAACGCCAGAAGAGAAGUAAAGAUGGAGAAGAUGAAGAGGAGGAGGAUUACGCCGAUGACCAGGUCAUUAUUCAAAGCUACAAAGUUAAAUCCAUCAUCACUUCACGCUUUGCUGAAACAGUCUUUAGUACGAAGGUGCGUAACAAGGAAUCGAGUGCACAGAAUGUGGAGUUCAACUUAAAGAUUCCCAAGGGAGCGUACAUCACGAAUUUCACAAUGACUGUGAAUGAUAUAACAUUUGUCGGGUCCGUGCAAGAGAAGAAUUUAGCCAGGCGUCUUUAUGAAGAAGCAAGAACUCAAGGAAAGGCUGCUGGGAUUAUUAGGACAUAUGGCCGUGAGAUGGAGCACUUUAAAGCUGAUGUGAAUGUCCCUGGAGGAAGCAAAAUCAGUUUUGAGCUUUACUGCCAAGAGCUGCUACAGCGACGACUGGGAUUUUAUGAGCAAGUUAUUGUUCUUCAACCAGGAAGCUUGGUGAGGCAGUUCCAGGUUGACGUCUACAUUUUUGAGCCACAAGGUAUUGCCUUCCUCGAAACACAUCAUAAGCUCGGAGCACAGUUUGAUGGACUCAUCCAUAUAACGAAAGGAGAGAACAAGGCUCAUCUGACCUUCAAGCCAACUGUGGACCAGCAGCGGAAAUGCCCAGACUGUCAUGACACAGCCAUUGAUGGCAGCAUUGUGGUGAAAUACGAUGUGAAACGGGAGCUCAAUGGAGGAGCCCUUCAGAUUUCGGAUGGCUAUUUUGUUCAUUUCUUUGCUCCGGUCAAUCUGCCACCUCUUCUGAAAAACAUAAUCUUUGUCAUUGACGUCAGCGGCUCGAUGUGGGGAAUCAAAAUGAAGCAGACUGUUGAAGCCAUGGCAACCAUCCUGGAUGAUCUGCGUCCUCAGGACCAAUUCACCAUCAUCGACUUCAACCACAACAUCCGGUUUUGGAGUCAAUACCUGGUUCCAGCCACACCUGUCCAGAUUGCAGAGGCCAAAAAAUACAUUGAGAAUAUCCAGCCCAAUGGUGGAACAAACAUCAAUGAAGCAAUCCUCUCAGCCAUUCAGAUAUUAACCCACGCUGAUAUCCAUGGCCAGCUGGAUCCGCGAUCUGUAUCACUCAUCAUUAUGGUUUCAGAUGGAGAUCCCACUGUGGGUGAAAUUAAACUGAGUACCAUCCAGAAGAACGUCAGGAGACACAUGCAAGAAAAUUUCUCCCUCUUCUGCCUCGGAAUUGGCUUUGACGUGGACUAUGACUUCUUGGAGAGGAUUGCCCUCGAAAACCGAGGGGAAGCUCGGCGCAUCCAGGCAAAUGUCAAUGCAUCCAGCCAACUGAAGGAUUUCUAUGAGGAGGUCGCCACUCCACUGUUGAGGCAGAUUGAGAUGCACUACGGUGGUGAAAACGUAACCGAUGUGACACAAAAGACCUUUGACAAGUACUUCAGUGGCUCUGAACUAAUUAUUGCAGGAAGACUGACAAACAAGGAUCCUUCAAUCUUACAAAGCCUGGUGACAGCAAACUCAGCAAACAGUGACCUACGUUUGGAGGUGGAGUCCCCAACAGAUGAGCUUGACAAAAUCCUGGCUAAACACCAAUAUGUUCUUCCUCAUUUUACAAAGCAACUUUGGGCCUUCCUUACUAUUCAACAGCUGCUUGCUGACAGGGCACUGGCUCAAUCCGGCAUUCAGAAGAGGAACAUUACAAGCAGAAUUUUAGCCCUCGCUCUGAUUCACCAAUUUGUGACCCCAGUAACUUCAAUGUUGGUGGAAAGCAAGGAGACUGGGCAAAGACUGUUGGCAGAUUCUCCUAGGGACACCAGGAAUGGAUGCUGUACAGGAACACCCAUCAUUGGGAAGAAGAUACCAUCCAUUUCAAUUCCAAAACCAAAUGGUGUAUUUCCUACAGCUGCCGCUCAAAAAGCACCUGAAUUAAUGAUAUUGGACAGGACACCAGUGACCUCAGUUGAUAAUGAUCCUCACUUCAUCAUUCAUCUGCCGAAAAGUAAACAAGUUGUUUGCUUCAAUAUCGAUCCGCAGCCUGGAAAAAUCCUGAGCCUGGUGUCAGAUCCAAUCAAAGGCAUUGCAAUCAAUGGUAAAGUCAUCAGUGGAAAGAAAGCCAAAAAUGGGAAGUUAAACACCUAUUUUGGAAUAAUCGGGCUCCAUUUCACCAAACUGGAUCUAAGCUUUGAGAUCAGCACAGAGAAGAUUCUCCUGAAGGAUGGGAUUCAGAAAACUCUCCUUCGGUGGUCUGAGAAUGCUAUGUUGACUCAUGCUAAUUUUGUUAUCAAGGUGAAAAGAAAUACUAACGUCACAAUCACCAUGGACAGAGAUAUGGUUUUCUUGAUUUUACUUCACCGUGUCUGGAAAAAUCAUCCAACCAACGUGGACUUCCUUGGAUUUUACACUCCUCCCACAAACACAUUCUCCACCAGUGUCCAUGGACUGAUUGGUCAAUUCACCCAUGAACCAGAAGUGAACGUGUACAAUGUUUAUGCCAGCUCGGACUCAAAUAAUCCACAAGCUACCAUGGAAGUGAAAGGUCACAAAAUUACCGUAACCAGGGGGGUGCAGAAAGACUACAGGACAGACACCGUAAAUGGGACAAAUAUCCACUGCUGGUUUAUCCAUAACAGCGGGAAAGGAUUUAUCGACGGACACUUUAAAGACUACCUCGUUCCACACCUUCACAGUUUCUUGAAACGUCCAUGAGGUUUUUAAACAUGACAAAGGGUAGAUUAUACAGUAUAGAAUAUUGGUAUAGAAAAAUGCAAACUAAUUUUGUGUAAAUCAGCAUAGUUUGAUUGAAGGCUAACCAUGCAAAUGGAGGUUAAUGUUGGGAAAGUAUGAGGUCAUGCACUUUGGUAGAACAUACAUAAUGAACACUUCAUUGACCUGGGAAUUCCAUGAAGACUUUUCCAAAUGCUUGAGAUUGUUAAUUUUUUUAUGCAGCACGUACUGAAUAAAGAUAUGAUGCCG